AUGCGAAGGAAACAAGCAGAAGAAGAGAGGAAAAGAGCUCCAAAGGGCCACUUUGUCGUCUAUGUGGGUAGUACAAGAAAGAGAUUUAUUGUUCCCACAUCAUACCUGAAGAAUCCCAGCUUCCAGCAAUUGCUCGAGAAAGCUGCAGAGGAAUAUGGGUUUGAUAAUCCAAUGGGAAUUGUUCUACCUUGUGAUGAAUCCACCUUCAAACAUUUGACAGCCUUCUUGGCCAUUGGAAUUGUUUUAUGGUCGAGCAAAGUCUUCUCACCUUUAUCUGCAGCAGAGACAGAAGCAAUGGCUCUAUGGGAAGCUAUGGAGCUCGUUAAGCAGUUGAAUUUGCGCUUUGUCAUAUUUGAAGGGGAUGCACUAGUUAUUAUUCGAGAUGUGUUGGGGAGCUUCCUUAGAUGGAAUCCCCAAUAG